AUGCAAGGACCAUUGCACACACAAACUCCAAAAAAUACAACCAAGCGAAUUUACUCUUUUCCUCAAUACAACAACAAACUUGUUCUUCGAGGACCGGAAGUCAUCAAAUACAGUCAAGAUGAAGACAACGCCUCAAAUGCCCCAGAUGUUGCGGAGGCCGAAGAAGUCGAGGUCUCUGGAGAUGCCGCGUCCAAGGGACAAAUGUCAGUUCUCGAUGCUCUGAAGGGUGUUCUCAAGCUCGCUCUCAUGCACGACGGUCUCGCCCGCGGUCUCCGCGAAGCCUCCAAGGCUCUCGACAGACGACAAGCUCACAUGUGUGUUCUUAACGAGGCGUGCGAGGAGGAGGCAUACAAGAAGUUGGUCGUUGCGUUAUGCUCAGAGCACAAGAUCCCAUUGAUCAAGGUACCUGACGGAAAGCAAUUGGGCGAGUGGGCUGGUUUGUGUGUUCUGGACCGUGAGGGAAAUGCACGCAAGGUUGUCAACUGCUCUUGCGUUGUCGUCAAGGAUUGGGGAGAGGAGUCUCAGGAGCGAUCGAUCCUUCUCAACUACUUCCAGACCGAGCAGUAA